AUGGAUGGAAUACUCUGCGUUGUGGGCAAGAGAGAAACUCAUUGUCAGAGAGCACCAGCAGAAAUUACAGAGGUAGUGAUUUCAGAUACUGACGGCAGUAUGGAAUUGGUUGAGUUGAAUCCACCAGACCCUUGGACUGUAGAUCCCCGAGAGGCACAAGAGCUACAAGCUGGAGAACUCACGUUGACGUACAUGACACACGCAUGCAUGGAACUUAAAGCUGGAAGCAAGAGGAUGAUGUUUGACCCCUGGCUGACCGGCCCAGCGUUUGCCAGAGGAUGGUGGCUCUUACACGAACCUCCAUCUGAUGCGAUGGAGAGACUCUGCCGGGCGGAUCUCAUUUACAUUAGUCACAUGCACUCCGACCAUCUGAGCUACCCCACUUUGAAAUUACUCGCAGAGAAGCGGCCAGACAUUCCCAUUUAUGUUGGAGACACCUCGCGGCCGGUGUUCUGGUACCUGGAGAGAAGCGGGGUGAACUUAACAAACAUCAACGUUGUGCCUUUCGGCGUAUGGCAGAAUGUCGAUCGGCACCUGAGAUUCAUGAUUCUGAUGGACGGCGUUCAUCCUGAGAUGGACACAUGUUUAAUUGUGGAAUAUAAAGGUCACAUGAUCCUGAAUACAGUCGACUGCACCAGGCCAAACAACGGGCGUCUUCCACACGGUGUCGACGUGAUGAUGAGCGACUUCGCCGGUGGUGCUUCCGGCUUUCCAAUGACUUUCCAUGGCGGGAAAUACACCGAAAGCUGGAAGGCAGAUUUCAUUAAAAAUGAGAGAAAGAAACUGCUGAACUAUAAGACUCAGCUGGUGAAGAGUUUACAGCCCAAGAUCUACUGUCCUUUUGCCGGCUACUUCACAGAAGCCCAUCCCUCAGACCGGUACAUAAAGGAGACAAAUAUUAAGAACAGCGCAGAAGAUCUGAAUGCUUCCAUAAGCAAGAGCUGUCCAAAUAUCUUAACCUGGACCCCUUUACCCUCCUCUGUGCUGGAUGUGGCUUGGGCUUUAGCAGAUCAAUCAAACAGGGAUGCAAUCACUCAACCCCCAAACAGUGCAAAGAUCUAUAAGGACAGCUGGGACUUUGACUUGUAUUUGGAUGAGCUGAAUUCUACCAUUUCCAAUGAUAUCUUUAAACACAAAAGCUGGAUCCAGUUUUAUUAUAACUGGGCAGGAUUUAAAGGCUACAAUCUGGUCAUACGGGUCAUUGAAACGGAUGAUGAUUUCAAGCUACUGGAUGGAGGGUGUGAUUAUUUAGUGGACUUCAUGGAUCUGUCCUUUCCAGACAAGAGACCGAAGAGAGAUCACCCGUAUGAAGAGAUCAAAAACAGAGUGGGGGUGAUGAGACAUGUGGUUGUGACGGGGCGACUCUGGGAUGACCUGUACAUUGGCUUCAAUAACAGAAUGAGCCGGGACCCUGAUGUUUACCACCACAAGUUCUGGAAUCAUUUCCAGACUGAAUUACCUCCAUCAGCUCCAGACUGGGAUAAUUUUCUUCAGACUAUCUCUAAACACACAGAUCUUAAACAGGAGAAUGGUUUCUGUGCGCAGUCUUAAACCUGACUUAUGCCUUAUUUUGACCUCAUCAAACUGAUCUGGGAACUGACUUUCAAACAGGUCACCUGCUGACCUGUCUGAAACUUAUACUUUUAUUAUAGGGUCACUGGGGUUGAUGUUUUUAUCAUCAUGAUUGGACUAAAUUUAUGAUUUUUUUACUCUUUAGAAUUCUGUUUAAAAGCUGGCAUGCACACAACACUUGAAAUGAGAUGAUUAACCGGUUUUGUUCAUUGAAGUGUCUUUUUACACUGAGUAUAAAUAGCCUGCCUUGUUGGCAGAGACUAUUUGCACUAGCUCCGCCCACCAAUAUGUGAUUGGAAUAGAAAAAGUGUAAGAAUAUUAAUAAGUUGCCAUCAUUUUAAUAAUUUAUAUAACUAUAAUGAUUUACACUCUGUUAUUAUUGCAUAAUGUUUAAUGCACAACAAUACUGAGGUGCAAAUAGCAAAAAAGUAAAGUAAAUGGCAUCUAACUACUAUUUCUACUUAAUCCAAAGAAAAUACAGCUAUUUUCGGUAUCCCUAAGAAAUGCAGCAUCUAUUGCCUUUAUUAAUACAGAUAUUAAUUACACUUUCACAUGCCUUAUGUUUACCAAGUAAGUGCAAUAAUUUCCAGCUAUACUCCUCACUAGUCUUCCUUGAUAAAAGGGCCUUUGUAUCAGUCUCCCAAUCAUGUUGUUGUCUACAUCUACGUUGCUGUCUAGCCUAUUUAUAUACUAUAUAUAUAUAUAUUUCAACUUAAAUGAUUGAUGCAGAAGAAUUUUACUUCUGUUUGCUUGCUUUAAUCUGUACCAUUAUUAUAUUUUAAGACCUGAUGAAAUGUGGAUAAACAUUUUAAAAUGCUCUUAUAAAUUUCUGUCAAACAAAUUAGCU